UAUGCAUAAUUUGUGCACUUAUGCCAAUAGUGUUAUACUCUUGCUUAAACAGUUGCGAGAGUUGAACGAUUCUAUAACUUUCGUUCCCGGGUCUUUAACCUGGAUUAUUGUUAGAUAAACGUUCAUAUUCAAAUUAUUUAAUUUAUUCCAUUGGAAUAUUAAAGACAACCGGUUUCAGGGUAUGCAGUAUGUAUAACAUGCAAAGUACACAAGAUUCCUUUUAUCAAGACAAUGUUUCAGCAGGUAUGAUGGGUCACAUGCCGCGUUUUUACCCUAGUCACAUGCAAAUGCCAGCUGCUGUACAAAAUAAUAAUCCAUUUCGUUCAUUAUCAAGGUUAUCCGAAGAUAUGCGUUUUGAUCUAAAUCGAAAUUCCGUACACGAUCGUCAAUUUUAUCAAAAUAAGUUGCCUAAAUAUUACGCCGAACCUAAGUUAACAAAUAAAUCAUCUCAAGUGAUGAGAAACUCUAUAAACCGUUCGCUUUACUCUCCAUACCCUCCCCCCAUGCCACCUCCAAAUUAUUUCAAAACCUCGCCUUUAGAACAAAAUAAUUAUAAUCAAGAACCUAUGGUAGGAGAUUAUUGCGUGGAACUUUUAAAUCGCGAUAAACACUACUGGACGGAUGAAGAAACAGGAUUAAUGCUAGAGUUAUAUGAAGAAAAUAGAGAAUAUUUUAACGAUUCCAAAACAAAAAAAACAAAAAUUUGGAGUAUAAUAGCUGAUAUGGUAAACAAACGAUUUUCUACCUGUGUUAAUGCUGAACAAUGCAGUCAAAAAUUUAGAAAUUUAAAAGCAGAGUUUUUAAAAGUUUCAGAUCCGACACUAGUUGACGGGGGAGCAAAAAAAUUUGGAAGACAUUUUCAGCAAAUGAAACGGCUGUUAGAAGACGAGGAAAAGCGAGCAGUUACACGAUCGUGUGACGAAAAACAAAAUGCAAUGACGGGCGAUGAUAAACAGGAAAACUUUGAUAGCGGAAAGUUAGAAAACACAAAAUCAGUAAAUAUAUACAAUUCCCCAACUUCUUCACCAGAAGUUAUCGCCCCCGUUAAAACACCUCACCUGCCUGUUUCGCCAAAAGCCACACCAACAGCACCAAAAAUAUCUCCAUCUCCACCGCCUAAUGCGAACUAUUUACCUCACGAUCAAAAACAAUAUAAAAGUAAAGCUGAAAUUUUGCUAGAGUGUUUAAUUAACUCUACUUUAAGUGAUAUAAAUAAAGCCGAUUGUGAUAAAGCUAAUAAAAGUGAUGAAACAUUACCAAUGAAAUCUGAAAUAGAAACAGCGGAGGAAAAACACCUACCAGAAUCCGAAUUUAUUGAUGUAGAAAGUGUAAACGAAAACCAAUCUCAAGGAGGAUCUUCUACAAGCAAUAUAAAAGUAAAAACAAAUGAUCGCUAUCAAACAGAGUUGCGUUCAAUUUUUGAUGAUUAUUUUGUUUCGCGCGGCAAAGCCGUGGAAAACUUUGAAAACAACGAAAAGAGAAACAUUGUAUGUAUGAAUAAAUGUAUUGAAGUAUUCAGAAGCGUCGUUCGAGAAAACAUUCUUAAAUAAAAUAAAAAAAAACUCCGCUCC